AAUUUUGAAUUUAUCAUCAGUUACCAAUCCACAGUGUAAGAAGUGUAAUUGUUCCUGCAACGUCGACGGCAUCAUCAUCGAGGAGAUGGGAAUCCACGGCAUUGUGAUACUUUUUGCCCUAGUUGUUCUGGGUGGCAAGUUGGAAGUUGGUGGACAUCCAUCUGAAAAGCUUCUGGUUCGUGGGGCCAGGAUGGUCAAUGGUACAAAGAUGACUAUCGAAGAUGCUCCAUGGUUCGUUUUCUUGAUGGGCGAAUAUGAUCAUUUUCAUAAGGGAUUUGCCAGUUGCAGUGGGUCAAUAAUUUCGUCCUAUUGGGUGAUGACCGUUGCACACUGUGCCUGCUCAACUGUGCCUCGUAUGAAAAUAAAAUUCGUUUUAGCUGGGUCUGACUUUUACAGUGAACAGUACAUUAUUGGGGCAAAGUACAAUGAAGAUACCAAAGGGUACCGCCAUAAAAUUGACAAAACAAUUUGUCAUCCACAUUGGAAUGCUGCGCAUCAGGGUAUCCAUGACAUUGCUCUGGUACACGUUAUAGAACCAUUCAAAUUCAAUGAAACACUUCAACUGAUCCUCAACCAUCAGGAUCGUCGAAUCUUUGCUGAAACCCAAGCAAUUGCUUUCGGCUGGGAUCACAGCGUUCAAAACUCGGAGAGAUUUGGACGGGUUCUCAAUUUUGCAAAGAUGAAAAUAACCCCGACAAAUACUUGUGACUUCUUCCGAGCCACCAUACAUGGUCGCCGCACCCCACCUCCUGGACAACUCUGUGCUGACCCCGUGUCAGGAAAACCUAACUCGGGUGACUCGGGAGGACCUCUUGUGUUUGAGGGAAUUCUCGUUGGAAUCUAUUCCUGGCGUUAUAUUUUCAAUAACAGUAAAUGGCCGUUUGGAUUUGUUGACGUUGCAUGUUAUUACGACUGGAUUUUGGGGAACAUAUGCGACGACGUCCCUGACAUAUUGUCACCGUGUGGAUAUUGAAACAAAACAACUAGUAAAAAUACCUGAAGGAUCAGCAGGUUCUAGAAAAGUGAAAAAAGUCCAAAUCGGAGCUCUGAAUUUGAGUGGACAAGUCAGACCCAAAUUAUGAGAAAAGAAGGUCCCGAUGGGACUUUUUUUCCACUCGAUUCGAACUAGAAGUGACUGUGAAAAGUUAAGAUUUUUUGUGAGCGCGUCCAUUUUCGAACCAAGUAAGAAAAGUACCAUUGGAAAUUUGAUUCAGUGAAAUAAAUCUUAUAUAUUUAACAUAAAUUUAUUAAUAUAAAAUAAAAUAAAAAAUAAUAUUGAAUAAAUUUUGCUAGAUUGAAAUAAAUAUUAUUUAAAUUAAACUUAAAUAUCACAUUACUUCUCAAACUUGUAACAUAUAUAAAAAUGACUAUUAAACCUCCAAUUAUAAUAAAAAAAAUUUAAUUUAUUCAAGAUUUAUAAGUAGAACAGUGAAUCAAUUCCACUGAGGUCUCGAUUGUAACUUUUUUUCAAGGACUCGCUGAUCCGUCAAGAGAAUGAACACCUUCCAUCUCUUGAAUCUGUUUUUAUUUUAUUACAAAAUUAUCUCGAAAUAAAACUUCGAAACCUGCAAUUCCGACCGAGCACGAUAACGAGGAUCAAUUUGAAAAAUGGCCGUCCCGAGGAAAGCGCUCUUCGGAACGACGAGUCAUCGAGCGGUGGGACUCCGAGAACGUGCGGGCGGCUCAUCUGUUUUUCUGUUUUCAAUUUCAAUGAAAAGCGAAAACAUCAGCAACAGCAGCACGACGGACGACGGAGGAGUCAGCCCGAGAGUUUGACGUCUUGCGCAUGCCCGUGGAGCCGGCGGCGGCGGCGGGGGGCAGCGGUUUCCACCGCGGGGCUUUGGAGGCAAAGAGGGGAGGGGAAGCGGCUGAGCUCGCGGUGAAAAGCGAGAGGGAGAGGCGUUUGUAAAUGGCUUAGCAUAUCAACACAUAUCGAUGUACAUAACCUUUGCGUACAAUCAGUGGUGUAGAGAAAGAAAAUAAAGAACGAAAUAAAAUCUGA